UAUAGGCUCGGACUUUGGUUCGGAAAUCCGAUCAUACCGUUGAUCCCCGAAAACGAACGUAAUUUCCAUAUUUACCCUUCAUUUUGUAUUUUCUCUUCUGGAUCCUAAUUUCCCCAACACCGCCAGAAGGAGAUCGGCAAAUUGGGAUUUUAGCUAAAUCUCAACCAUGGACGGCGACGCAGUUCUUGGCGUAGAAAGUUGCGGUGGUGUUGCAGGCAACAACAGAAAAGCAGAGAAAAUGGCAGUACCAAGGAAGAGGCUUGCUGACAUAAGCAAUGUACCACAGCAGCCUAAAUCAGCUACGCUUGAUGCAAAGAAACAAUCCAUUUCUUUUGACACCAAACAGUAUAUAGACAAGCUGCAAAUGGAAAAGGUGGCACUGAUCAAAGUACUAGCAGACAGAAAUAAAAUCAUUGAGUUGAGUGGAAUCGAGUUACAGAAACUAAGAAUCAAUUUGCAGAAAGUGCAGCAGCAGAAUUUGCAGCUGGCUAAGACAAACACCCAAAUGUUUGCGGAACUGAAUUCAGGUAAAGAUAGGCUAAAAGCACUUCAGCAUGAGCUUGGAUGCAAAAAUGGAUUGCUUAAUGCAAGAAAACUAGAAAUGGAGAAAGCAAAGAUAGUAAAACGUCAAACCUAUGGGAAUAAGGUAGAAACAAUCAAGUACAAUGAGGCUUGGGACUCCUCUCAAGCAGACAAGGGUGAGGAUAAGCCUUGUGGUACAAAGAAAAGGCGGCCAUCGAAAGUUCAAUCUUUGGGCAAUCCUACUGUUAAAAUGGUUGAAGCUAAAGAUAAGGUUGAUGAUAAGAGGCGCUCGUCAAGAAGGCAAUCCGCUAGGUUUAAAUCAGAAGGGGAACCAUCAGAAGAUGUGUUGGAAGUUGAUGACACCAAAUUUCCUGUUGCUACUCUAGGCAAUGGUUCUGUGGUUGAAACCGGUCCAGCAUCAGUGAGUGUAUCAGACAAAGAUGAACCCGAUGCAAAUAGUCUUUCCCCUGAAAAUGAAGCUCAAGAUUUUGGAUGGUCAUCAAUUGAGAGGCCCACAUGUCAGGCAGCUAAGAAGGUUCAUUCAUGCAAGGAAGCUUCUCUUAAGGUUGAAGCUAAAGAUAAGGUUGAUAUUAAGAGGCGCUCUUCACGAAGGCAAUCUGCUAGGUUUAAAUCACAAGGUGAAACCUCGGAAGACGUGUUCGAGAUUGAUGAGACCAAAUUUCAUGUUUCUACUUUAGGUGAUGAUUUGGUGCUUGAAAACGGUCCAACAUCAGUGAGCGUAGCAGCCAAAGAUGAAGACAAUGCAAACGAUCCUUCCACUGAAGGUGAUGCUCAAGAGUUUUGUGGAAGGCCAUCAAUCGGGAGGCCCUCACGUCAAGCGGCUAAGAAUGUUCAUUCAUACAAGGAAAUUUCUCGUAAGGUAAAGAUGCGCAGAACGGAGUGAUUGGAUUGUGUUACAAACUGACUUGCAGUUUGUUGAGUAGCCUACAAGAAGAGACCGGUAAAGAUGGGAACUUCCCUGCAAGAAGAGACUGGUAAGGUCCAUGAUGGUUACUGUAAAUUUCAAAACUUGGGCAGCACUCAAGAAUACCUAGGAAUUCCCAUAAUUCUUGUAAUAGGUUCAUUUAAAUCAUCAACCCUUUUCUAGAUUCAUCAAUAGCAAACCAAUAGAAUGGAGCAUACUCAUUUUUAAGCCACCUGAGAAUGAUGAUCAUGAUAUGCCUAGUGAACAAUUUGCUACGCAUGGAAAUGGACAAGACUUCUUGCUUUGUUGACAGACUGAGCAUAUAAUGGAGUGCAUGAAUUGUGGGUGGAUUCCCUCGCACAUUCUAAGGA